GGGCCGGCAAUAGAGCCUUUAAACAUACCUGCAACAGUUAAUUAACAUUUUCAGAAACUUAGAACAGCAAGGUGACUCUGAUAAAACGUUUGUGCAGUUAAAUGUAGGGGGACUGGAAGAAAAAAAAUUCACCAAAAACAUUUAAAAAAGAAUGAAUUCGGCAAAAUGGAUCGGUCUUCUGCCUCUUUCCAUCUGGCUUUCCUGUUGUAUGGAUCAAAGCCUGGGAGAUAUUCUGUUCUCGGUCCCAGAAGAACUGCAGCCUGGUACUUUGGUUGGCAACAUAGAAAAUUAUUCUGGAUUGCGGAUAACAAAUACGUCUGAUCGCCAGUUCCGUCUCGUUUCUGGUGACAGUAAGCCAUCUUUAUUUACAAUUUUUGGGAAUGGUAGCAUAUGUGUAAAUGAAAGAAUUGACAGGGAAGCUAUAUGCGGCAUUAAGACUCCGUGUUAUAUUAAUAUGAAAUUGGUUAUGGACAAUCCCUUAGAACUGUACAGUAUAAAACUGGAGAUACGGGAUGUAAAUGAUAACGCACCUGUGUUUAAUGUUAAUGAUUUGCAUUUGAAUAUUAUGGAGUCAGUCUCUGUGGGGACGAAAUUCACAUUGCAGGUUGCGCAAGAUCCAGAUGUAGGAUCUAAUGGGUUACUGUCUUAUCGACUUAGCCCCAGUAGUUAUUUUUCUUUAGACUUUCAAAAUGAUGAUGAUAAAGUGCCGCAGCUUGUCGUUGAAAAACAUUUGGAUAGAGAGCAUAAAUCUGUUCGUCAGUUGUCAUUAAUUGCAACUGAUGGAGGGCAACCUGAGAGAUCUGGCUCAGUCAGUAUCACCAUUAACAUAUUAGAUGCCAAUGACAAUUCUCCAAAAUUUGAUCUGUCUGUUUAUAAAGCUAGUCUGAUGGAGGACACUCCGGUAGGAACUUCAAUAAUCCAACUUAGAGCUACCGAUUUGGACGAAGGUACUAAUGGAGCAUUUGAGUAUUCAUUUAGCAGCCACACCCCAGACAACUUACGUGGUUUGUUCGAAAUACACCCAGUAACUGGGGAUGUUGUAUUAAAAAGUCAAAUAAAGCUGGAGGAGAUGACUACGUAUGAAUUUCACGCACAAGCAAGGGACAAAGGAGCAUCUGCUCUCUCUGAUUAUUGCAAAGUCUUGAUAGACAUCGUAGAUGUUAAUAACAAUAAACCCAAUAUCAUACUGACGUCCUUUAAAGAGUCUGUCAGUGAAAAUGCACCCAGGGGGACGGUGGUCGGUUUGAUCAGCGUAAACGACAGAGAUUUUGGUAUAAAUGCUUAUGUGACCUGCAGGAUUUCUGAUAAUAGUCCUUUUGUCCUCAGAGCAGUAGAGGAUUAUUACAUUCUUGAAACCACUAAUCCAUUAGAUCGAGAAUCAGUGGCCUCUUAUAAUGUUACAAUAACUGCCACGGACUCGGGAAUCCCUCCUCUCUCUUCUGAGACAUUUGUUUUUGUAGAGGUUGCUGAUGUUAAUGAUAAUCCACCACAGUUUACUGAAACUUCAUACCGAUGUUUCAUUGCAGAAAAUAAUUCUCCAGGAGAAGGACUAUGCCGAGUCAAAGCCAUUGAUCCAGAUUUGGGAGAACAUUGUAAAGUUGCUUACUCGAUCGUGGAACAUCAGAUUCAUGGUGUAUCUGUUUUUAGCUACAUAUCAAUUGAUUCAGAGAAUGGCCUGGUGAGUGCUAGGACUAUUUUUGAUUACGAGAAGGUUAAGAAUCUCGAACUAACCAUAAUUGGGAAAGAUCAAGGCAACCCGUCUUUAAAUAGUACUGCCAAAUUGCUAGUUAUUGUAAUUGAUGAAAACGACAACAACCCCAUAUUCCUAUAUCCUCCAGCAUCAGUUGGGAAUGUGCCCAUAGAAAUGAUCCCAAGGUCAGCAGAGGCUGGAUUUUUGGUAACAAAGGUAAUAACUGUGGAUGAAGAUUCUGGUCAGAAUGCUUGGCUGUCCUACCAGUUACUACAGUCCACUGACGUUAGCCUUUUUGAUAUCGAUAAGCAGACCGGUGAAAUAAGGAUCGUUCGGUCAAUAAGUGCCAAAGAUAACAGCAGACAAAAACUGGUUGUAGAAGUGAAGGACAAUGGGGUGCCUAGACGAUCUGCAACAGUAACCAUCGGGUUAUUACUUUAUGACAGUUUUCCCCAAGUUCUUCCAGAUUUUGGAGAACCCGCCGUAAAUACCGGAAAGGUGUCUAAUGUGAAUCUGGUUUUAAUAAUUAUGGUACUGGCUAUCUCGUUUUUAUUCUUGGGGUUCUUAAUUAUAUUUUCCUCAAUAUCAUGUUGCAGAACCCUUAAUUCAGGUAGAUGUUACUGCCCUCUUGGUUGUUGUCUUGACGAGCUUGAAAGCUAUAAAUUAAAAAUACCUGUCCCGUCUGAUUGCACAUUGCAAAAUAACCUUCUGCAGAUCGUUGAGACUGGAACUCUGUUACAUGGAUAUAAUUAUAUGGCUUUCUUGGGGCAAGUAUCACCUAGCAGAAAAAAUUUCGUAAGGAACUCACAAUUAGAACCGUUGGGGAACAAUGCCACCAUUGCACCUGGAUGCGGUACUCAAAUUCAGAGUCCUGCUGGAAACGAGACAGGGAAUGAAACAGAGGUAUGUAAUAAAAUAUACUGA